UUACAAAUCCCUCUCUCUCCCCCCUCCUUGUAUAUAUAUUCAAGCUUAUAUAUUUGUGUCAACAUUUAUCAUAUGCUCCUCCCUCAUCCCUCUGUUUUCCACCCUUUUUGGUGUCAUAUCAUUGCUAGCUUUCUAUGCUGUUCUUUUCAUCCCUCUUCUAAUUCUUUUGCUAGAAGAAAUUAAUCUUUUUGCUUUCCAUUUUGGCGAUUCUCCAAAUCCACUUUAGUUUUCUAUAUCUCCUCAUAUAUAUAUUAAUAUGGAAGACGAAUCAGCUUCGUAUAUCCGGAUGUUUUGGAAGAUGUUGCAGGUGCACCACCUGAUAGAGGAGUGUAUUGUAUUCAAGAUGAGCAUGGAAGAGUGCAUGGAAGCCCUCUCCAAGCAUGCAAAUAUCAAACCCAUCAUUACUUCCACAGUGUGGAAGGAGUUGGAGAAGGAGAACAAGGAGUUCUUUGAGGCAUACAGCAAGAGCAGAGAAGAUCAGAUGGUGAAGGUGAGUAAGGAAGCUUCUGAAAUGGAGACAAGGGAAGGGAUUCAGAGGGUGCUCUCUGUUUCUGAUGCUGCUUCCAAAACUGAUCAUACCCCCUACUAGUCUUGCAGUAUCAUUAAUUCCUAUAAACAACGUUAGAGGACGGGCCAGGCUCAGCUUGUGUUAUUUACGUAAUUGGCUUGGCAACAUAGGGGGUAUUAUAGGUAGAAUAAGGUGAAAGCUGGAGAGAGAGGGAGACAAGGGAAGAGUUAAAUAUGCCGAAAGAUACGUCGUCGUAUAUUCGGUGUCUUGCAAGAAAGAAAAAAACAGGUCAAAGGUGGUUGGGAAGCGUGAGGAAUUUGUGUGGCCGGGGGAUUCGCAUGGAUUCCCGACACGUUUAGUACACGGGUCGUGUUAAUUUGGACGCGUGCGUGUUCGAGCAGUACUAAAAUUGUAAUUUCACCAUGUCACGUCAUUAAUUUCUCUUUUAUUGUUUUUUCACCAAAAGGCUUGCCGCUAAAUGUGGGCUUCAUGCGGCCGUUUUGCUGAUGCCUUUCCUCCUCUCUUUUCUUUACAGCCAUGGUAAUUUCGUUUCAUUUAUGUGCUUUUAGACAUGAAAAAUGUUAGUUUAUCCAUGAA